UUUUCUUUUUCUUUUUUGCGCGCGCGCGCAGGAGCUGCGGAGGAAUUCAAGCCGAGCCCGCUUGCUUCCUCGCAGCCCGGCUCGAUUGAGCGCCCGCGAGAGACACCCGCCUCCGGAUCUGCUUUAUUUAUUUAUUUUCCAUGCAGGUUGGAGGCGUUUUGGCAGCAGCAGCAGCAGGAGGAGGAACGGCGGCCCGCCCGCCCGAGCCGGGUCGCUUGCGUGAGGAGGAGGAGGAGGAGAAGGAGGUGGCGGGGAGCCCCGCGGUGUCGGGAGGCCAAGCGAGCGGUAACUUAAGGAGGAGCCCCCAAUGGAGGAAGAGGAGAAGAUGGUAGCCGCCGCUGGCGAGGAAUGGCAAGGUGUGGCGCAAAAGAGAAAAGCCUGGGCUAAAAGCAGGGACUCCUGGCAAGCGUCGGAGGCCGAGCGCCUAUCUCCAGAACCGGCGGAUUUGGCCGCGGAGGAGGAAGAAGAAGAGGAGGAGGAGGAGCUGUGCGGAGCCAAGUUGCCCUUGACUGCGGAAGGAG